GGCACGUGCGGUUGCCACUUCGCUUUCAUCCUCACACCCAUCGCCAAUUUCACCUCACCUCGCCUCUCCUACCGCCACCACCAGAUCUCCCCCACCAGCUACCGCAUUCCCAAGAUCCAACCCACCACCAGCACCAGCCAGCAAGAGAAUCAAGAACCAAGAUCCAGAUCGACCCGAGCUCGCCGGACCUUCUCCGCCGCCGCCAGAGCACAACAACAAGAUGAAGCGCAAGACGCGGAACAAGAUCGUGCUGACGGUGCUGCUGGCGGGGGCGGCGGCGGUGCUGAUCGGCGGCACGAUGGCGCUCAUCCUGACGGCGGGGACGUGGAAGGUCAAGCUCAAGGAGUCGCAGGAGAAGAUCUGCGACAAGGGCUGGGAGUGCUCCGGCAGCAAGUACUGCUGCAACCAGACCAUCACCGACUUCUUCAAGGUGUACCAGUUCGAGAACCUCUUCUCCAAGCGCAACUACCCCGUCGCCAAGGCCGUCGGCUUCUGGGACUACCAGGCCUUCAUCACCGCCGCCGCCAUGUUCGAGGCCCAGGGCUUCUGCACCACCGGCGGCUUCGAGAUGCAGAUGAAGGAGCUCUGCGCCUUCCUCGCGCACGUCGGCGCCAAGACAUCAUGUGGUUUCGGUGUGGCCACCGGUGGUCCGCUGGCGUGGGGGCUCUGCUACAACCACGAGCUGGCCCCCGACCAGGGCUACUGCGACGACUCCUACACGCAGUACCCCUGCGUCAAGGGCGUCGAGUACUACGGCCGUGGCGCCAUCCCCGUCUACUGGAACUACAACUAUGGCGCUGCCGGCGAUGGCAUCAAGGAGGACCUGCUCAGCCACCCGGAGUACCUGGAGCAGAACGCGACGCUGGCCUUCGCGGCGGCAAUGUGGCGGUGGAUGACACCCAUCAAGAAGAAGCAGCCGUCGGCGCACGAGGCCUUCACCGGCAUCUGGAAGCCCACCAAGAACGACACUCUCAGCAACAGGCUCCCGGGCCUCGGCGCCACCAUGAACCUCCUCUACGGCGAGUCCAUCUGUGGCAGGGGAUUCAUCGACCCCAUGAAUGUCAUCAUCUCCCACUACCAGUACUACCUCGAUCUCAUGGGUUUUGGUCGGGAGAGGUCCGGUCUCAACCUCCACUGCGCCGAGCAGGCCCCCUUCAACCCCGCACCCAAGAAGGACGACGAGCAGAAGCCAUCAGGCGGCCAGCAGCCAGCAGGCUAGUGUUCAUCAUCAAAUGUCGUAUACACCUUCGUGUCUUGCCACUGCCACUGCCAUUGCUCCUUGAGCUACGCUGACUUGCCCAUUCUUCAGUGUGUGAGCUUUGGUGCCAUUUUGAGUAGUUGAUCUGUAUGUACUACUGUGUAUGGGGAACUGGGUGUGUAUCAUAGUGUCCAUUUUCAUUUCUUGAUUUUUGUGUCACACAUAUGUUCAAAGAUUAGAAUUCAAACUGAACAUACCAUGACUUUGGUCAACUUUCUGUAUAUCUUCUACUGAAAAUACUAGUAUUCAUUUCACUGUA